AUGAAGGUGUGCGCAUGAUUUCUCUCUUAUCUUUCUUUCCCUAGCAAAGAGUGAACUUCCUCUUCGAACAUGCCUCUGGAUAUGCUCUUUUGUCCACGAAAAUGCGCCAGCUGUCCGAUGUGGUCGAGGCCAUACCGGAAGUGUCUGCUGACUACGAGACCUUUUCACAGUGUUUCAAGCUUCGUGGCUUCGUGUCAUUUACUUCAGCCGAAAACGCACUUGAAAAUUGCAACUCAAUUUCCGAAGGACUGGUGCAUGAUGACCUUCAGUCGUUUUUGUUAUCACAUCUAAAUGAUGGAAAAAAUGUCCUUCUUUGUGUCGCCGAUCGUAGGCUCGCCGAUGCGAUUAAGUCUCCGGAGGCUGGAUUGCCAGAAAAUAUUCAGUGUACGUCUGAAUCCAUGGCGUCGGAAAUAUUCCGCAAAAUCAGACAAUUCUUCCCCUUUUACAUUGCCGAGCUGUCGCACUUUGCAGAGUCACAAGCACAAAUUGGGCUUGGUCACAGUUAUUCUCGCGCAAAAGUCAAGUUUAACGUUAACAGGCAAGAUGCCGAUUAGGCCAAUAUAUUUUUUGCAGGGCUGACAAUAUGGUCAUCCAAACAAUCAGCUUGCUCGACCAGAUGGACAAAGACAUUAACACAUUUUCCAUGCGCAUAAAGGAAUGGUUCUCCUAUCAUUUUCCUGAACUGAUGAAAAUUGUGCCCGAGAGCUCAAAUUACAUAAAGCUAGUCAAUCUUUUGCGGUCUCGGGAUCAGACUACUGAAGAUCGCCUGCAAGAGAUCGAGGAUAUAGUUCAGGAUCACGAGAAAGCUCAGGCUAUCGUGGAGGCUGCAAAAACCUCUAUGGGUACGGUUAAUUGUCACUCUUAAUAUUUCCCAGGUUUUGAUGUGACGGACCAAGAUGUUGAAAACUUGACACUUUUUACGAAUCGCAUAAAAUUGUUUAUGGAACGUCGAGCGAAAGCUUACGACUAUCUAGUGUCUAAACUCUCCGGCGUCGCUCCUAACCUCAAUUGCCUCAUUGGAAGCCAGGUCGCCGCCCGACUCAUAUCACAUGCCGGCUCGCUCACUAAUCUGGCAAAAUUCCCGGCCUCCACUAUCCAAAUUUUAGGUGCAGAAAAGGCUCUUUUUAGGGCCCUGCGUACGCGCGGACGAACACCAAAGUAUGGGUUGAUCUUCCACAGUUCUUUUAUCGGCCGUGCAGCGAAGGAGAAUAAAGGCCGGAUUUCCCGUUUUCUGGCGGCCAAGUGUGCUCUUGCCACCAGGAUAGACUGUUUUAGCGACAUUCUGUGUAAUGUUUAUGGAAAACACUUGCGGCAGCAGGUGGAAGACCGGUUGAAAUACUUCGAGAGCGGUGAAAUGCCGAAAACAAACGCCGAAGCCAUGGCCGCUGCUAUUAUUGAGGUUAGUAAUAUCACUGGCUGUUUUUGAAAAUAACGGUCACGUAUUUUUUGUCCUUUGUCGUGCUAGUACAUACCAUUCUUUUUCUACUGCGCCACAUGGUGUCUAAUGGACUCGGCUUAAGGGCAGCAGCUAAUUUUUGGCAGCUAGCGCAUUUUGGCGAUUGCAGUUAUAUAUAACCUUAAAAGGAUUAUUACUUUAGGACCUACUUCUUUUACCUCCUGUUCGUCAUCACAUGACACUUUUUAAAGAAAGAUCACUUUCUCUUUGGUUUAUCGUACACGGAAUGCUUCACGUCUUAACAGAUCGUCGCAGAUAACCCGAACCAGUUAGUCGGUACUGUUUUAGACUUAUCUUCAGGCAGAACCAUCCUGCUCAUCCGACUGACCGCGAUUUAGCUCGUGCUUUCUUGCAAUCUGGCCUCUCUGCUCAUGCCGUGGUAACAGACCCGUCUAGAAUUUUGCAUAUCGACAAUGCAAUAAAAAUUCAUGGUAUCCUCUUAGGGGACGAUAAGAGAGGUGCAAACGGUGUACUGAAGUGUAAGACCUCGUCACUCGUCGACAAAACUGUGCUUUACUCAUGCAAGUGUUAACGCUAUACAAAGUGGAAGUUUCCUGCACGUCAAGUAUGCGCUGGCCGGACUAUUGUUGACAGAGAAAAGUGAUAAGGACGGGCAAAUGCUUGCAGUCUCGCGUUAGCAAUGUCACUGACAAAUGUGGUUCGGCCAGUCAAACGUCCCACUUUGUCACUAUUAAUUGGUGUCACCGACUGUUUUUGCAGUUCUUUUUUUGACAGUAGUCUCAGAACGCGUUUUAACGAUGGACACCGAGUUCGUGCAGAAAAACGCCUUCUAUGGCGACUGCAGACAAGUCAGACGUAUCUCAGUGGAUGACACUGCUGUGGGCGACGGGACUGCUGAGCAAGUGCUUGAUAGGAACGCAGUGUUAAGCCUUCGGGCGCACGAAGAAACGCUGGUAAAGUUAAAAGUAUACGUUCCGGACAUUUAGUAAUCUAGUUCACAGAGCCACUCAAGAAACCAACCACAUGUCCGAUACGUCACGCCUAGUUCAGUGGUAGAUCCCUGCACGGUGCACGUUACCGAUACCAGCAUUCAUAGUGCUACAAUGAGAGUUUUGUCCGGGUGGCUAUACUUACUUGCGGUUGGUACGUCUGCGAUCAUGACCGGUUUAGAUGACCUCGAUGUUACGAAUUGCACAUCACCAUGUGUGAUGAUCUGUGAUGGUCGGCUUAGAGAUCUCGGAUACUUGAUAUCCAGGGAAUAACCCCCAUGCCCUAACGGAAUGUGCUGUACUAAGUCGACCUCCCGUUCAAUGUCUCUGGAUGGACAACAAUGGUAAGAGAUUGCUGAGUUUCGCUGAUCAGAAUCGGCUGCCUGUCACCAACACGGCUUCCAACAUCGCAACAAACAUCUGACCUGAUAUUCAAACGACAGUCAUACGGCUAGUCAGAUUGACUACAUACUAGUUAGCCCGAUAGCAGAUCGAUGCGUGGUACCGAGACUGGUAACUCCCAUGGGUCGGACCGUGGCCUCGUUCGUACACGCUUGAAAGUUAACCUCUCACCCACCAAAAAUGCCACGUCCUAGACGUCUCAAUGUCGCUAAAAUCAGACAAACCAGCACUGCUGAAGUGCUGAGCAAAGAAAUUCGGUUCUGUUUUACGAGCCGAGCCGACGGAGAAGGCAGUGGUCGUCACAGAAAACGCCAGUCUAUGAGACAGCUGAGAAAAUCCUUGGAUAUAUCCAGCGACGUCGCUGUGACUGAAUUAACGGAAGAACCCAGCAGUUGUCUGCUCAGACGACUCCAGCCAGGUCCCGUAAUUAUGCUUCCUUCCACCAACUUCGAAUUAUGACGGCAAAGUCGGCCAGGGAUGACCGGAAGCAAUAUUAGACUGAAAUAGCGACCUCCAUGGAACAGACCUCGAACGUAGGUGACACCCGAAAACUCUACCAACUUAUCCGUCAAGUUAGUAGUAAGCUCUCUACAGUGAGUGACUGUUAACGACGUGAGUAGCGGCUUUAUUGCUGACAACUCGGCCAAUGUCGAGCGCUGGCGUGGGUGCCUCGAACACCAUCCCAACUUCGAUACCCAACUCACCACGCCCUUGCUGUCCUCUGCAGCCGAGUUUCUUCCCUCUCCAUGCGACCCCCCUUCUAAAGGAGAGGUCGCCGAUGCAAUACGAAAGCUACACAACAACAAGGCACCCGGAGUGGACGGUCUACCCGCUGAAGUCUACAAGUCAUGUGUCCACACUCUGGCGCCCUGGCUCUGUAAGGUGAUUGAACAAGCGUGGGGAGGCGAGGUUGCCCUGAUGAUUGGAGCCCAGGUAUCCUUGUACCUAUCCUCAAGAAGGGAGAUAAGAUGUGAUAACUACCGCGUCACAGGCGUCACUGACAUUGCUGCGAAGAUCUUCGCUAUUGUCCUACUCAGGCGAUUCCAGGCUGUGCGUGACUCUGGGACGAGGUCCAACCAAGCCGGAUUUCGUGCUGGACGUGGAUGUACGGACCAGGUGUUCACACUGAAGCGCAUUCUCGAAUUCCGCCAUAGCUACCAGCAACUGACGAUCGUCUGCUUUGUUUACUUUGUCGCCGCGUUCGAUUCCGUCCAUCGUGAGUCCGUAUGACGGAUAAUGGCACUAGACGGCGUACCGGCAAAAAUCAUCGCUAUGAUCAAGGCCUAUUAUUGCUCCACCACUGCGCGAGUCCUGGUCCACAACAAUCUUUCCCAACCGCUUGAUAUUCUGUCCGGCGUUAGACAGGGCUGUAUCUUGUCGCCAAUUCUGUCCAACCACGCCAUUGAAUGGAUUCUCGGGAGGGCCCUACACGAAGGUGACGGUGUUGAGUUUGCACCCGGACACCGACUGACUGAUCUCGACUAUGCCGAUGAUAUUGCCUUGCUUCAAGUUUUGGUGAUCUUCAGUCUGUGGUGUCACGGUAAACGGGGUCGCUAAAUCCGUCGGUUUAUCCAUAAACACCGGGAAGACUGAAGUGUUUUCAAGCUGCAUCUCUGGCCAGGAGAAGGCACCUCCCGGGAUUGAUGGCUAUAAACUUGAAGGAGAAGUACCUCGGGGCGAGGUUGCUGCCGAAUGGGCAGAGUAAGGAUGACGUUAUCUCUCAAAUUGAUACUGCCUGCCGGGUUUUCUCAAACCUUAGAAAAUGCCUAUGGAUCCGACGCGACCUCUCCAUCGCCACUAAGAUUCGCGUGUACUGCGCGUCUGUCCGGUCUGUCCUUCUCUACGGUUGUGAAUGCGGGGCUUUGCGCGUGGAUGGGCGAGAACUGGAGGUAUGUGACCACUACUGUUUGAGGACCAUCCCUCGAGUGAAGUACGCCGACUUCGUCUCAAAUAAGACAGUUCGCGCUCGCUGCGACACCAUCGUAAGGAUCACUUAGGCCAUCCAAGAAAGACGACUGAGGUGGUUUGGGCAUGUUCUUCGUCGUCCACAUUAGGGGCUCACUGUUACUGCUCUCGAUCCGGCACCUUUACCGCAUUGGAGGCGUCGAAGAGGGGAUCAACUCAAAACUUGACUCGACACAGUUAAUCCAGACAGCGAGGUGGUUCUUGAGCCCUCGGUUUCGGUCUCCGUCGUUGGCGAAAAGAAUGGGUUGAACUGUCCUGAUCUGCUGCCGCAUAUCGUCACGCGUGGAGAGGUACAGUUCGAAAUAUAAUCGAGUCCGACUAGAUCAGGCAUGAUUGCAGCCGUACCAAGUACAAGUUAGACGAGCAAUGAUGCCGAAUCAGACACAGUAAUACAACCCAUUGACUGAUGCGGAAGAAUGGACCCAAAACACCCCAGUCAUUCAUCCUGGAUGGCCCCUAAUAUAGUUACGAAGUUGCCGAUACAAACGAAGAUGCGAGUUCCAGGAACUAGUUGAUCAGAAAAAGAAGCGAUCCCUGGAACAAGGGCUUUAUUCGCCUGACGUUUCGGAUUCUCACUUGAAUCCAUCAUCAGAGACAGUGGCAGAAAAGGAUGACUCUUGCACAGAAAGUUGCAGUAUUUAUAGGAUGCAGUCGCUAUGCCAUGCAUACCUACAGCAAUUAAUCGCUCUCCCCUUCAUCAAGGAUUGUUGCCCGCUGGUGCGCUAAUUGCUUGAUGGCCGGCAUGCAAGUUGUUAAUUGCUGAAGUCUCAUCACCCGUGUUGGAUACUGGUGUGCUGAUUGCUCGGCCAUCUGGAUAACCGGCUUGUGCGCUCCCCGAGUGGUCAAUUGCCUUGGCCAGCCUAUGCCUCAUCACGGAAUAUGGAGUGGGGAUAUCGUUGCACUUGUUGAUAGACUGAGGUCCCGUGAACCAUGACUCAUGCAACUCGCGGCUCACGCGAUUAUCCCCUCACGAGAAUUUCGGCCUCAUCGAACUUGAAUGCGUGGUCGGGUCUCGUCCUCUCUCGACCUGAGAGUUGGCGUCAUUUCUCCGUACAGCUGCCACGUGUUCGGCGAUUCGCGUCCAGAUCAGUCUUCCAGUUUCUCCGACAUAGUUGCUUUGUCCGCAACUGCAGCAGAUCCGGUAAACGACUCCAGAUGUUUUUUUUGCCGUGGCAGUGGGUAUUUUGGUCUCAUCACCUGACGCCUCAUGAUGGCCUCCGGUCUGUGUGCAACUCCAACCUCAAGUGGGGCAAGAAGGCGACUAACGGCCUCGGAGACGUUCUUGAUGUACGGGAUCAUUCGCCAGAAUUUGGGGUCGACGCGAUUUUUUCGUUCCUCUCGUCUCGUUUGUCAAACAUGUAGAUUUUUUAGGUCAUUGUGACACCUAACAAGAGCUGUCUGGCCAAACAAGCAUUAAGUCCAUCGGCUGAUUCAGUUAUUGCCGCAUCGCCGAGUGAAUAUGACAACUCCCGGUUGUCCUGCAAACUGAGCAUCUCAGGCUGAUCACUUUCUACUUCGACUAAAAUUGCAAGGUGAGAUCAGAUUUCUGAGAUUUCAGAGCAUCCCCUGUACUGCGUCCUCGUAGAUUGCGACAUCGAGACGUCUUAGACAUGACAAUUUAAGAGCUGAUGAGAGGUGGACUCUCAGACGUGUGUGAGUAAAAGAGUGGUCUGACACAGGCCCUGCUAGUUUUGAAAUUACUCAUCUGUCCCCUAACACGAAUACAGCUACGGAGCCUCGAAGUGACUAGAAUAUUGUUAAUCUGGCUGGUUGUGCGACCAUCGUUUGAAUACCGGGUUGGCAGAUGUUUGCGGCGAUGCUUGGAGCACGUAUGGACAACAGUAUGACAGUCCAGUAUUCUGAAUUCAACGUCAAUCAGUGUCGUAUCGGGAACAAAGCGCAAGUGGUCGGUAAGCUGCGGCCCAAUCCGAUCACUACAGUCACCGGCUAUAAUCGGGAGAUCAUGGAGAGGUGGUCUUUCAUCCGAUUCUUGCAGCUUCAAAUUGAAUGCUUUUUCAUCGUGCUACUCGUCAGCGACGUCGUUAAAACGCCCGUUAUAUCAUACAUGAACCAGCUGGUCAUUGACUAGUUCCCACACCGACCACGCACCGUCCGCUUAUUGCGGGAUGGCGAUGGGCACACUGUCUACGAGAAGACUCCUGUCGAUCACUGUGGUAUAGGAUGAAGCGGGAGUUGGCUCUGGGGUUCCUGCUUUUCCACGAGUCCAAAUCUGGGAUUCCGACGUCAUACAUUCGUUGGGCUGGCAAACACCGCGCGCCCUCAGAGGUUGUGUAUUAGGGUCCAAAAUGUUUACACAUUCCAGCAUAAAAUGCUAAGAGUUCGUUUCCGAUCGAGUAGCCCAACUCGCAUACUAUUCUCCUGCACUGCUGGGCCAGAGUUGCGGAACGCAUUGGCUUCUGCGGACUCGGCGUGUCAGACCUCAUUCCGCAAUUUCCCGGUGGCCCCCUUGCUUCUGUUCCACGACUGCUUAUUUGUCAGACUUGAAGGCCUGCUUUUUCACAACUAAUUUCUGAUGAGGGUCGUUCUGCCAUCCGUCACUCGUGAACGCUGUGGUUUCGUCUGUCAGAAAAGCACCACCCGCAGGGAAGUAGGGUACUGAUCGUUUCAGGGAAACUGGCAUGGACUUUCUCCCAUCUGCCUGCAACUGUCUACACCGUCACGGACAACACUUCCGUGAGAUUAGUCCCCCUGACAUUGCUAGAAUUCUUCGAUUUUGGCGCCUUGCGUGGAGAAGAAAUAGGCAGUUCAUCCAGUGGCCGUCAGGGGGACUCUGUUGACCGACUUUUCUGGCUUUGCCAGAUUGCCGUAUAUCGCCACUCUUAUUAGCAGACGACUAUUCUCCGAGGAUUCCAACCCCACCCGUCCGGAUUCCCUGCAGUCCAGUCUUCGUUUCGGUGGCAUGCUACCUUAACAAAUUCGACUUGUUCACGUGUACUACCACAGGGCGAAAUUCCGGGCGUUGGGGGCGUUAAUACUGGCUAGUUUGGUAUGGAUAAUAGGCAAAGCAAGAUACAACUGUGCACGAGCAAUGCAAAUAUUCGCUAUUAAAACAGUACUUGAUUCAUUUGAGUAGCAUUGUUUCAAUGAAAAAUGCUACCCGGGAACGCGGGUUACCUAGCUCAGGUUCAGGCUGUCGAGGGAAGACAGGGGACACAAAUAAUCGUCCAAACGUUUCUUGAAAAGUUGCAGAGACGUAGCCUCCAUGACUGUUUGAGGGAGAUCGUUCCAUUUCUCCACUACCCUUUGUGUGAACAAUCCAGAACGGAGAUUCAGCCUGGACACUUUUGUCCGCAGCUUCACAUCGAGUGACCACGAAGAUUGGGUGAAAGGUGUCGCCGAAACAUGUGACCAAAGCUAAGCCCGUGCUCAAGGCCGUGUAUUAUCUUGUGUAAGCCAAGAUAAGACCAUCUUUCUGCUGCCUGUAGCACAGAGGGAAUAAAUUGAGGUAAUUCAGUUUUUCUAUGUAGGAUUGGCUUUUCAAACCGUUCCUUGAUAUCACCUGCGUUCUUUAGCACGUGACGGCAGACCACCCCAGUUUUAUAGUAUGGCGUGAUACGUGUGAAUUUCGGUAUUAACUGCCCUGAUGACCUUCAAGUGGCUUGGUGAAAUGCAGCGUCUUGAGUUGAGGUUUGAGAGCGAGGUUUCGCAUUUGGAGAUAUUUGCGUGGUCGCAGUAAACAGUGAAACUCCAGCUUGCUGACUGCUUCUGCCACCUUAUGGCGACCAUCCUGCUAAACGGACACGACAAAAGUUCAACCGGUUUAACCAGACGUUCACGGUCUUCGUCCGAUUGUGAUGGAAUUUCUGGAAUUGGCUGGAGAUCUGCCAAAAGACCAAAUUGGGCUUCCGUCAUGGUGUUCCUCCCGCACGGUUGUGGGAGUUUGCCACUGUGCCAUUAAAAUAUCUCCGCAAGGGAGUAUUCGACAAGUUUUGCCUACUCUCUACUUCCUACGGAGCCAGACUGCUAUCUCGGCUAUCUGUUUGCUAACCAUCUCUGUCGCUGUCUGUUUUAUUAGUAACUACGUUCACAGUUCAUGAACGCACACCUCUCUUCACGUCCAUAUAAUCUCCACCUGGCCCUUUUCACUGCCAUUCUAGUAAUGGGUAAUUGUUUUGGAUCCCAUAAACUACGUACAAACUUGUUGUCCUUCAACUUUUAGGCCAAUAAAGUGAUUCGCAAGCUGAAAAAGCGAGCUAUCGCCACUCUCAAUGGUUCCUCCUCUCCCAACCUCAGUUUCUACAAGAAGGACGAUGACGCUGAUGUGCCAUCGUCUGAACUGAAGAAGAAAAAGAAGAAGAAGAAACACCUCACGGAACAGGCGUCAGUAGAGGCACCCGCACCCGAACCCGAGGAUGAGUCCGGAAAUGCAGUGGAUAGCAAGGAGGAGAAGAAGAAGAAAAAGAAGCAGAAGCGAAAGCACAGUCUGUCCGAGUCCGCGGCUGCCGAAGAUGCCCCUACAUCGGCCAAAAAAUUGAAGUUUGAGAGCUCGGCCGCCGAUGAAGACGAUAGUGCGCUGACGACACCGAAGAAAAAGAAGAAGAUGAAGUCGGCGGCGGCGGCGAUUGCGUCGGCGCCUGUUGAACUUGACGAGGACUAG